UAAAUAAUUGAGCAGAAAAAAGAAAGCAUACAUAUGCAUGCAAAUGCAGUAGGCAAGCCCCUCAGAUGGUUUCUCUUGAAUCAUGAUACAGGAGGUUGCUAUGGCGCUGCUAUUUGGAAUAGGAUAUGCAGGCAUAAUUUUUGAAGGAUCUCUGGCUUUCAAUAAAAGUGGAGUGGGACUGUUAAUGGCUGUGAGUUUGUGGGUGAUACGUAUCAUUGGGGCUCCUUCAACUGAUAUAGCUGUUUCAGAAUUAUUGCAUGCAUCUGCCGAAGUUAGUGAAAUAGUAAUUUUCUUGCUUGGUGCGAUGACCAUUGUUGAGAUAGUUGAUGCUCAUCAAGGGCUUAAGUUGGUUACUGACAAUAUAACUACUCGAAAGCCAAGGAUUUUGCUUUGGGUGGUUGGUUUUGUGACUUUUUCCCUCAGUUCAGUCCUUGACAAUUUGACCACCACUAUUGUUAUGGUUUCCAUGCUGCGUAAACUUGUACCUCCAUCAGAAUACCGCAAGCUUUUAGGGGCUGUUGUUGUGAUUGCAGCAAAUGCUGGUGGUGCAUGGACUCCAAUUGGUGAUGUUACCACUACUAUGUUGUGGAUACAUGGCCAAAUAUCUACCUUGCAGACAAUGAAGGACUUAUUUGUACCUUCAGCAGUUUCUUUGGCUGUACCUCUGGCUCUUUUGUCACUUACUAGAUUGCAUUUGUCAUUCAGUGAAGUUAAUGGGAAGGGAGUGGACUCGCCAAUUAUUUUGGCAUCUGAACAGAUAGCACCUCGAGGACAGCUUGUUUUAUCUGUUGGAAUUGGAGCGCUUGUGUUUGUCCCAGUAUUCAAGGCAAUAACAGGUCUGCCUCCUUACAUGGGAAUCCUGCUUGGACUUGGGGUACUUUGGAUUCUAACAGACGCAAUCCAUUAUGGUGAGUCUGAAAGGCAACAGUUGAAAGUACCCCAGGCUUUAUCGCGAAUUGACACUCAAGGAGCCCUUUUCUUCCUUGGGAUCCUUUUAUCUGUAAGCAGCUUGGAGGCAGCUGGGAUUCUACGGGAACUGGCAAAUUACCUGGAUGCCCACGUUCCCAAUGUUGAGUUGAUUGCAAGCAUAAUAGGGCUAGUUUCAGCAAUUAUAGACAACGUACCACUGGUUGCAGCCACAAUGGGAAUGUACGAUCUUACUUCCUUCCCCAAAGACUCGGAGUUCUGGCAGUUGGUUGCAUAUUGCGCCGGCACUGGUGGGUCCAUCCUGGUUAUAGGCUCUGCAGCAGGAGUUGCAUUCAUGGGAAUGGAAAAAGUUGAUUUCUUUUGGUACUUCCGGAAGUUGCAAAUGCAAGCGAGCCAGAGCAGAGUAAAUGGCAUCAUGUAAUGUAGUGGAUUGAUCAGCUGAACUGAAACGUGUGAUUGGUAGAAUGUUAAAAUAGUUUAGGGACGCAGGAAGCUUCUGCAGCAUACAUUUAUACAAAGAGAUCUAAAGCCUAUUUCUAUCAGAUAUGCCAAAUGCCGUUCAAAUUCUCUUGCAUCUAGUUCUAGACGUACUUAGUCCU